UUUGUUUGUUUUGGACUCAUUGCUCAUGAGUCAUGACUCUGAAUUAUUUUGGUUUUGAGUGUAUAAAUAUGUUAUUGAAACUCAAAAAAUAAAUUUAAAAUGGAAGUAAAACAAGAAUUUAGUGGGGAGACGUCAUGUAAAGUGGAAAUAGAGUAUGAUGGUAUGGGUUAUGCUCUUCUGGAUGGCUUUAAAUGUGAAAUUAAAGAGGAAAUCAAUACUAAGGGUAUAGGUGACACCUCUGAUUAUUUAGACUUUAAGGAAUUAGCGGUAAAUCCUGGAACAGAACAGGAUGGUAAUAAACUUAACUUGCUUAAAGAAAAGCAAAAAACUGAAAAAGGUUGCAUUCAGGAGGAGAACAAAAUGAACAUUAUGGAAACAUCAUUUGAACAUUCAUCGCAUAAUGAACACUAUUUGGGGAAAAGUAAAGGAGGAGACGAACGAAAACCAAUAGAUAAAAAUAUAAAAGUUCUGACUGGACCGGGACCUUACAAAUGUGAAAUUUGUUUAAAGCAGUUUUCUCGGAUAAAUAAUUUGAAACAACAUUUGAUGAUACACACUGGAGAAAAAUCUUACAAGUGUGACAUUUGUCUUAAACAGUUUAGACAAGCAUAUAGAUUGAAAAGACAUUUGAAAAUGCACACCAAAGAAAAAUCUUACAAGUGCGACAUUUGUUUUAAGCAGUUUAUAUAUAAAACUUCUUUGGAUGCACAUACAAAAGUCCAUACUGGAGAAAAACCGUACAAGUGUGAAACUUGCUUAAAGCAGUUCACUCUUAAAGAAACUUUAAAUCAACACAUGAGAAUUCACACUGGUGAAAAACCAUACAAGUGUGAAAUUUGUUUUAAAGAGUUUUCUCGAACAGAUUGCUUGAAAUAUCAUUUGCGAACUCACACUGGGGAAAAACCGUACAAGUGUGAAACGUGUUUUAAGCAGUUCGCUCAAAAGCAAUCUUUAAAUAAACACAUGAUAGUUCACACUGCAGAAAAACCUCACAAGUGUGAAAUUUGUUUAAUGCAAUUUAUUACAACGAGUUAUUUGAAGAGACAUUUGAACGUGCACAGUAAGGAAAAACCUUACAAGUGCGAAAUUUGUUUAAGGCAAUUUUCUCAGAAAGACAGUCUGAAAUAUCAUUUGCAAACACACAAUGGCGAAAAACCGUACAAGUGUGAAACUUGUUUUAAACAGUUUAGUGCAUCGUUUACAUUGAAAAAACAUAUGAGAGUGCACACUGGAGAAAAACCAUACAAGUGUGAAAUUUGUUUUAAGCAGUUCGCUUUUAAAGAGUCUUUAAUUAAUCAGCACAUGAGAGUUCACACUGGAGAAAAACCCUACAAAUGUGAAAUAUGUUUUAAGCAGUUCGCUCUUAAAGAAUCUUUAAAUCAACACACGAGAGUUCACACUGGAGAAAAACCAUAUAAGUGUGAAAUUUGUUUUAAACAGUUUCAAACAGCAAGUAAUGUAAAAAAACAUUUGAAACUCCACAGUGGAGAAAAACCAUACAAGUGUGAAAUUUGUUUCAAACAGUUUGCUUUUCAAGCAUCUUUUAAUGAACACAUGAGAGUUCACACUGGAGAAAAACCAUACAAGUGUGACAUUUGUUUCAAACAAUUUACACAAGCAUCUAAUUUCAAAACACAUAUGAGAGUUCACACUGGAGAAAAACCAUACAAGUGUGAAAUAUGUUUUAAACAGUUUCAAACAGCAGGUAACGUAAAAAAACAUUUGAUGUUACACACUGGAAAAAAACCCUAGUAAUUUAUUUUGGACAGUUUAGCCAUGGAGAUAAUUUGAAAACACUCAAGCAGUCCCGGAUUAAGAAUGUUGAGGCUCCUAGGCAACCCAAGUUAUGAGGCCCCUUAACCUUUCGUCGGGUGUAAUGACUUCAAGCAAUUGUUCGGGCGUAGUAUAUCUGUUGAUGUGAAAUAUUGAUAACUAUUUAAACAGUAGCAGUAAUUAUAAAUAUGUACAACAGUUUACUAAGUUUAGGCACAUAAACAUUUAGCCUUUCCUGUAGAUCAAAUUGAAUUCCACUGCUAACUUGACUUCUUUUAGUCAAAUGUUUUAAUACAAGCUCACGGGGCAGUUGUUUUAGAAAAGUCAUCUUCUAUUUUAUUUAAAACUAUAUUUACAUGUAUAUGUUAUUAUCGUUUCCAAUAUCUCAUUGGUAAAAAAACCAUGCCAACAUUCAGGAGGUGUUGUCGCUUUUUUCACAUCCUUUAUGACACCUAGUAGAUUCCUAAUGAGAUUAUGAACUCUAUCCCGAAUUCUAAUUGAUUUAGGGAUAAAAUGCCAUUUUAUCUUUUCCAAGAAAAAAAUAUUUUUAUUGAGUUUCAUUUCCAGUUAAAUAUGUACAACAUAUAGCCUUUCCUGUAGAUCAAAUUGAAUUCCACUGCUAAUUUGACUUCUUUAGAAAUAUGCUUUAUUGUCAUGAAAAAUUGUACAAUUUUAUCGACAAAGCUUACAAAAAGUCAAGAAAACAAAACAAUAACAAUUCAAUUUACUAAAAUUACAUAAAUCGUCAGUAUAAAUAAAAAAAAAAUAAUAAUAAUAAUGAAGUUAAACAGUUAAUCAAUUGCAAAAUUUAAAAAUUUAAAUAAAUUGCAAAUUGCAUAGUCUACCUAGUAAUUAAGUUUAAAAGUUAAGCUUCUGCAUAUGACACCCAAAUACAGAUGAAAAAUAACAAUAAAAAUACUACUUGUGCAAAGGUACUGUAAUUUCUUAGUUAUUGAUUAAGAAAAUCUUCUACUGCAUAAUAUGGUCUUUCGGAUAGGUAGGCUUAGAUAGCAUAGAUAAGCAAGGUUUAGAUAUCUGGGAAUUGAUAUAACCCGUUACGGAGAUGUUGAAGAGGAAGUACGACAACAAAGCUUAAAAGCAAGUAAAGCGGCGGGAUCUCUUAAUGACACAAUCUGGAAGAACAAACACUUAAGACAAGACACAAAAGCAAGAAUCUAUAAAGCAGCAAUUAGACCUAUAUUAACAUACACGGCGGAGACAAGGCCUGACACAUCUAAAACGAGACGACUACUAGAAACAACAGAGAUGAAAAUACUCCGACGAAUAUCAGGGAAAAGUCUGUUGGAUAGGGAGAGGAGCGAAAACAUAAGAAGAUCAUGCAAUAUAGAAGACAUAAAUGGAUGGGUGACAAAACGGAAACAGGAGUGGAACGAACACAUUAGUAGAAUGGCAGAGGAUAGGAUAGUACGAAUAGCACGAGAUAAGUCACCAAAUGGACGAAGAAGUAUUGGCAGACCAAGAAAAAGGUGGUGCGAUAACCUAAACAAUUUAGGAGGAUAAUAUUGAAGAAGAAACAGGCUUUAAAGCCUACAUACAAGAAGGAAGAAGAAGAAGAAGGAUAGGUAGGCUUUUGUCAGUUUACGGAAUUUGGGGAAAGAUGCUGCAGAUUUAAGUUGUAGAGGGAGAUGGUUGUAAAGUUUUUUUGCGGAAUAUAAUAUAGAUUUCUUUACUAACUCAGAUGACGGGGUCGGUAAAUAGACGUCAAAGGUAGAAUUUCUCGUGAAGUAGUCAUGAUUAGGUCUUGGUGGAAAGACAUGUAGAUGUUUACGAAUUAAGCAAACAGUUUCUAAAAUAUAUAAAGAUGGAAGGGUUAAAAUUCUGUGAUCUUUGAAAUAACUUCUACAAUGUGUUGUUCUUCUGAGGCCAAACAGAUAUCUUAUUGCUCUUUUUUGUAAUUUGAAAAUAACAUCGAAUUGGGCAGCUGUACCGGAACCCCAAAAAGGAAGACCAUAACGAAGAUGUGACUCGAACAAAGAAAAAUAUGUUAUUUUGGAAGAUGCUAAAUUGAGUUCAUUCGAAACAGAUCUUAUAGCAUAGCAAGCUGAAGAUAGUUUCUUCCUUAACAAAUUAAUAUGGAGGGACCAUUUAAGGUUGCUGUCUAAAAAAAUACCAAGAAAUUUUACAGAAUCAAAAGUUCUGAUCUGGCUGUUAUUAAGAGGUAAGGGUUGGAGAGCUCCUUUAUAAGAUAAUGCUACUGUUUUAUCUACGUUAAACGAGAGUAAAUUAGAGUCAGAC